AUGCCCAACAAACGAAAAGCAUCCAUGGCUCCCCCCUCUUACAAAAGGCCCCGCAUCUCAUAUGAGGACGAAGAAGAUCAGUCUUCUUCUGUGACACCUUACGAGAAGCCUGUCAACCACCCACUCUAUGGCCAGAAGAACGCGUUCCCAGGUCUGGACGAUGGGGGCGACGAACUCUGCUACGGCGACGCAGAUGAUGGGCUAGAAUACCUACGCAUGGUUAGAUCCGAGGCGAGUGCAUUACCGUCGCUAUUUAGCGCACAGAGCUCAAAAGGAGAUAACGAUUCAAAACCCUCAACGACUACAACUAUCACCGAAACAAAAGCUCCAUCCUUUCCGCCCGGAUUCUUCGAUAAGGAAGAGGCAUUCGUCGCCCCGGUUGAGCACACUAAAACGACGGUCGCUACAUCGCAAGAACUAUACCCCGAAGCACAAUCUGCAUACUAUAACCUCCUUCGACAUCGAUUCCUUCUCCUCCGAUCUACCCUAAAAUGUUCCCCUCCAGCUGCUGUCAUCGUGGCUCUUGAUGACGCCCACCCGAUCAGUCUCCCACGCAGAGUCGAGGCUGCGCGUAAGGAAUGGCGACGACUUGUCAUGUCCGUGGAGCCACAAAUGGCGCAGUUAGCCUGUAUGGACAUGGACAGUGUGUUUGGUGUUCUGCAAAUAAUGGCGCGCAUGAUGUCCGACGUGCUGCGAAGUGGAGACGCCGAGAAGAUUCGACGCAUCGGUGCAUGGGCCUGGGGCCUGCUAGGAAAGUGUCGGGAAAUUGGCGAAUUAUCUACAGCAGAGGUCGGAGACAUCCGCGACCUCGGGAAACGGGCUGCGAAGAUUUUGCAAAAAAUCCGGGAAGCGGAUGAUACCAUGCAGAUGGAAGAUGAGGAACUGCCUGGCUCAGAAUCCGGGGAAGAAGAACAGCCCCAGGAGGAAGUUUCAGCAGGAGGAGAUGAACCUGAAGGCCAGACGACGCAGACGGAGAUUGAGAGCGGCAAUGACGCAAAUAUGGCUGAUGCAGUAGACGAGACUGCCGAGUUGGAGGCGGCUAAGGCGCGACUUCAAGCCAAGAUGCAAGAUAGCGGGGACAGUGAAGUCGAUACAGACAGUGAUUCUGUAGCGAAACAGACUCGUGCUAUGCUUGAUAUGGUCAUCAUGGUGGUUGGUGAGUUUUAUGGUCAACGCGACCUUUUAGACUCGCGGGAUGUGUGGACUGUUUCAGUUUGA